GCAUAGAGAAGGUCGACCGAAAAGAAAUUAGAAAAUAGGUUUUGGUAGAUCUCUUACACUUGGACACCCAAACAGGUAGCAACGUAUGCAUACAGAUCUGUACCCUAUUAAUGAAUACGACAUUGCCUUCAAUUUUUUAUUUAAUUCCCAAUUUUCUGAGUCAAAUUCGAUCCAUUCUACCAAAAUAAAAUACACACACUGCCAAACAAAUCAAAACCUCUCUCUCACCCGCAUCUCAUCUCCUUCUUCUCCACACACACACACACACACUUCACGCACUGAAUCAAGCUCCAACAAUGGGGAAGGGCGGCAAUCUGAGCGAGGGCGUGCUGAAGAAGAUCGUCCUCUCCUACACCUACGUCGCCAUCUGGAUCUUCCUCUCCUUCAUGGUCAUCAUCUACAACAAGUACAUCCUGGAUCGGAAGUUGUACAAUUGGCCCUACCCCAUCUCCCUCACCAUGAUCCACAUGGCCUUCUGCUCCUCCCUCGCCUACCUCAUCGUCCGCGUCUUCAAGGCCGUCGAGCCGGUCACCAUGUCUUGGGAUCUCUACCUCAAAUCCGUCGUCCCCAUCGGCUUAUUGUACUCCCUCUCUCUCUGGCUCUCUAAUUCCGCCUACAUUUUCCUCUCCGUCUCCUUCAUUCAAAUGCUCAAGGCGCUGAUGCCCGUCGCUGUCUACACUAUCGGCGUGCUGCUGAAGAAGGACGCCUUCAAAUCGGAGACCAUGGCGAACAUGAUCUCGAUCUCGAUCGGGGUCGGGAUCGCGGCCUACGGCGAGGCGAAGUUCGAUUCGUGGGGGGUGAUUCUGCAAUUGGGGGCCGUGGCGUUCGAGGCGACGCGGCUGGUCAUGAUUCAGAUCUUGCUCACCUCCAAGGGGAUCACGCUCAAUCCGAUUACUUCUCUCUACUACGUGGCGCCGUGCUGCUUGGUCUUCCUGUUUUUCCCGUGGAUCUUCGUUGAGUUCCCGAUUCUGAGGGAGAAUUCGAGUUUCCAUUUCGAUUAUGUGAUUUUCGGGAGCAAUUCGCUGUGUGCGUUUGCCCUAAAUCUGGCUGUGUUCUUGCUUGUUGGAAAGACUUCUGCUUUGACGAUGAAUGUGGCUGGUGUGGUGAAGGAUUGGCUGCUGAUUGCGUUUUCGUGGUCCGUGAUCAAGGACACUGUGACUCCGAUCAACUUGUUUGGUUACGGGCUGGCCUUCUUGGGCGUGGGGUAUUACAAUCACGCCAAGCUCAAGGCCAUGAAGGCCAAGGACGCGCAGAAGAAGACGCAACAAGCGGACGAGGAGGCAGGGAGGUUGUUGGAGGAGAGGGAAGGGGAGACCAAUGCUGCUGCUAGGAAGAGUGAUUCCCACAAUUGAUCCCCAAAUAUGAGAUGCUCUUUUUUGCAGGAUGAGUUUAGAGUAAACACAACACGAUGAUGAGUAAUCGUGUUGAUUUGAGAUUGAUGAGGAUGGAGCAAUGCUUGAUUAGCUUCUCUUAUUUACUUAUAUAUGUAUUUUUUACUAUCUUAGAACAUACAUUAUUUGUCAUCUCUUGUUGCUGCUGAUUUUGGGUUUUCUCUCAUGUUGCCUGCUGAUGGGGUAUUGUGACUUGAGAUUGACAUACAUUAUCAUUAAUUUCAAACUUAUUUAUGUCUAAA